AUGAACAAUCUGCUGAGGACGCUCACCGAGAGCAAUGUCAAGUCCUCGCUCCCCGAGCCAGAGCUCAAGCUGCUCUUGGCCACCGUGAAGGAGAGCCGCCGCAACAUCAAUGACCCAAAGGCCUCUGACCCGUUCUAUGAUGCGCUGGAGGAUCUGCUGCAUGACUUGCGCACGGUUACAGUGGAUAACCGGGAUGCUGAACCCUUCUUGAAGCCCGUCUCUAAGGCGGAGGCUCCAGACUACUAUGAAGUCAUCCCUAACCCCAUGGACCUCCAAACCAUGCUGAAGAAGGUCAAACAGAAACAGUACAAAUCCAAGAAGGAAUUCAAGGAUGACUUGGACCUCAUAUGGUCCAACUGUUUCACAUACAAUGCGGCAGAGAAUCAUCCCCUCCGCCAAUGUGCUACACGGCUGAAAGCCAAAGCCGAGCGGCUGCUGAAGAACAUCACGGACCGCAAGGAACGAAUCGACCCUCCCAUCCCUUCCACCCUCGACAUCCGUGUCGCGCCGCACCCGAAACCGAACGGAAUCAUAGUGAACAGCGUCGUCCGGCCACGCUCGCCCAUAUCCCCUCCUCAAGCUGCCGCUCCCAAGAAGCCGCCCCCAAAAUCCGUCACCGUUCCGGCCCGUGUGACCAGCGCAGACGUCCCGUUCUCCGACUCUCCCGCGUUCGAACGUACCCCGGAGGGCAUGGCGCUGUUCAAACACCUGGACGAGCAACUAGAGCACGGGGACACUGCGUACGUGGUGGAGAAGCUGAGAGAGGUCGUGAUGGGUGUGCCCGCAGCCGUGAACCAGGCACCUGAGCAGUGGGCCGUGGACGGGCAAGUGGGGGACAAGCGCAAACUCAAUGGUCUCGUGGACGGGCGGCCCAGAAAGCGGACCCGCUUACAGUCAUAUGUCCCUUCCGAACAAGACCAGGAUGCCCUCGACCUCUGGUGGAUGGCCGUGCAAUCCCCGCACUUCAUGGCAAACGGAUACCCCGAGCUCGUACGCGCCUCCUCGGGUGAUCUCGAUUCGUGGUCAAGACCGAUAAAACAAGACCCGGACGGCCAACCCCCAAUAGCGAAGAAGAAAUCCAAGAAGAAGUCGAAGAAAGGCGCUGGAGAGCCUGCGGCAAGCGAUAAAACUAAUUCGACGUUGCACCUGCUCAAUGACAACAUUCGCACGAUCAAGCGCGUGCGGCGCGCACACGCGAAGCUCGCCGCGCUGAACAGCACGAUGCAACAGAACCAGGGCGGGAAUGAGGAGGGCGGCGCGUCGAUUGCGCCGGAGCCGCCAGACUUGUCGGCGGUGGCGGCAGAUAUUGACGACACCGUGGACGAGCGCCCGUGGAAGCCUAUCGCAGCAGGCUUGGAGCUGGGAGAGGAGCUUGCGGACGACUGCUUGCAUUGGGCAGGAAAGAAGAUCCUUGAGCAUGCAGGAUUUCAGGGCACAUCGAAGGCUGCACUCGAUGUUUUAGCUGGGGUUACGUCGGAAUAUUUUAUGAAUGUUGGACGAACACUUCGAUUUCUGUGUGAUAGGUAUUCUGGGAGUAUGACUGCGGAAGAAAUAAUGCUGCACACCCUGUUCGAGAGCGGUACCACGAAGAUACAAGACCUGGAGCGGUAUAUCAAGGACGACGUAAUUCGUUAUGGCAGUCGUUUGGGCGAGUUAGAGAAGAAACUAGUCACCGCCUACACGGAUGCGGCGGAUGAGCCUCUGGACGACGAUGCGCUAUUCGCUCAUGAAGACGACGAGAACGAAGAUAGCGCAUUUGUCAUGGGUAAUUUCGCGGAUGCUCUCGGCGAUGAUUUCUUGGGCUUGAAGGAGCUUGGAAUUGCUGAUGAGCUUGGUCUUUCAAGCCUCAGUGUGCCAAAACGGCUUCUCAAGGGGAAGAACAAAGCUGGACCAAUAUCGUCAGCGGCAGCCAAGCCCGCCGAGCCCCCUCCACCAUUCCCCCCUCCACCACCGUUCUUGCCACUGGAUGCAAGCAAUGUGGACGAGCAAAUCGGUCUUCUCAAGCCGUAUUAUCAGCAGCGGCUGUCAGCGCUUGCCACGACCACCGCCGGGCCUUCUACUCUCGGCCUUGCUCCGCCUCAGCCAGCUUUGCCUGACGACGCGCCAGCGCCAGCUCGUACAAAGAUCGGACCCAUCGGGCAGGUGAUGAAACCGAAUGUCGCCAAUGCUGCGAAGAAGAAGCCCAAACCUCCUCCCCCUCCUCCAUCUGGAACUGCGUCGGUGCCGCCGACGCCUGCCCCGAGCAGUGCCAACGGUCGGCCCCUGGCUCCCGCGACUCCGGUACCGAGCGAGCCUGUCAUGCCGCCUCCACCACCAGUCAAGAAGAACCCGGUUGGUAGGCCUAGGAAGAAAAAACUUCCUGAGGGCACGGCGCCGGACGCGAUCUCGCCCAACCCACCUCUGGCGUAGUUAUGGAUGUCGGGCAACACUUGUAACUUGUAUCUUUAUGGUUUUAUGGACGUACAUGUAUUAUUGCUAAUAUUAUUAUUAUUCGCCUGC